UCUCUCUCUCUCACUAGCUCCUCUCUCUUCUCUCUCUAAAGCUCUGCAGAUUUUUCGUCUGCAAAAACCCAGAGAGAACGACAAAUUAGGAAGAGAUUUGAGAGGAGAAAAGCACAAACAACGACGACGAAGAAACCCUAACAAAGCCUUUCUCUCCUUUCGCUAAUCUCUAAAAAUGGAGUAUGACAAGUCUCCCACUGCUACUACUUUCUCUAGGAAGAUUAGUAAUCGUAGCCGUAGUCUUAGCUUUAGUGCCAAUGCUGCCUACGACGGCGUUUUUUCUUCUCCGGCCAAUUUGAAAUCUCCUAUGGUUGAUUACGGCGAAAUUUUCAGAGCUUCGGGUCCUUCUCCGUCUUCGAUUCCCUUUUUGGAUGUCCCGGAGCUCAACGUUGGUAAGGUUAAGGUUGAUGUUCGGAGUUCUAAGCUCGAUUACUCUUCCGUGUUCGGUGGCUUUGGAAGUUGCGAUUUCGCUGUUACUCCUAAGGAAGUGAUCAUCAAGUCCGAGAAGAAAACCGCCGUUAAGGAGGAUAAGAAAAGGAAUCGUAGGAAAAGUGGAAACUCUUCUGAUGUUCCUGUUUGCAACGAGGGGAAAAAUUCACCUGAAAUGGUUAGGAUGAAACACUCUGAUAUAUCAAAUCACCAGACGGCGCCCCUCUUUGAGAAUGUGACUACUAAUGUUACUCAGGCUCAGGUUCUUACUAUGCCUGGACCUAGUCCUACUAAACUGGUUGAUAAUAAGAGCCCACUGCAGAAGAUUGAAAGUAAACCACCUAUUCCACCAGUUGAGAAGAAGCCACGUAACGAGGGUCUUGAGGAAGUCAAGGUUUCUAGAAAGCAGGGCUCUAAAACUGAGGUUGAUUUUGAGAACAUCUUUGCUCGAAGUGGAUUCAGUACGCGUGAUAACUUUACGACCGAUUCUAAUCCUGAACAUCGUGAUGUGAAACCACUUUCAAGCUUGCAUCAUACAUUGAAUGGUGAAAGUGGAUCUUCUGAAAGAUUUUUGGGUUUGAACUCUGGGUUUUCGGAAAGGUUUCAUCAAACUGAAGAUGUUGACUCUCCAAAUUCACCUCCAUACUUCGAUGCUGAAACAGAUGCAAAUUCAUCUGCCGCGGAGUCUUCAGCAGCAUUGAAAAAGGCUAUAGAAGAGGCACAAGUAAGAAUGAAUAUUGCAAAACAAAUGAUGGAAAAGAAAAAGUCAGGCUUUCGCAGUUGUGCAAAACCGAAAUCUUGUGAUGAUCCUAAAAUUGAGAUUAAAGGGGACAAAAAAGUUGAAAAAGUUACAGAAGAAAUCAGAGACAACAGUUCUCAGAUUCUCAACGAAGCGGGAAACUCAUCUGAGCAAUCAUUUUCAAAUGAGGGAGAUCAACAUGCAAAAAGAGCACGGAAGCUGUGGGAAGUUCCUGAAGGACUUUUAAAAUCAACUUCAGACCAUGAGCAGGAAGAGUUAGAAGAGCACGAUGUGGUUAAGUUGGAAGAGGAACAAGCAAAAAGAGGUCGCAAACACUGGGAAUUACCUGGAGUGAUAUUCAAAUCAGUUAUGAACAGUAAGCAGCAGGAGCCAGAAAAUCUUGCAACUGCCAAACCUGAAACAGAUACAAAACAAGAGGUGCAGCCAUUAACUGAGAAUCCCUUCUAUACAUUUGGACAGCUUGGCAGUAAAAUAAAGUGUGUUGUAGAAGCCUUCACUGGGAGCAAGGUUUCACAGAAGGAUGAGAAACAGGUUACAGAGAAAGAAAGUUCUACUCUUACUCAAAUGGUUCAAGGUGAAGAAAGUGACUCACAAGAGAUGCUAGCAGGUAUUCCAGUUAUUGAAACAUAUUUAAGGGAAGUGGAAGAGACCCCGCAACAACCUGAGAGUAAGACCGAACCUAAUAUUGAAGAAAAGUCUGAAUCUACAAUCUGUACUUUCACAGAAGGGACUUCUCAGAAUAUGGAGAAAGAAACCGAAUGGCAAGUUAGAAGCGCUUGUGAGUCUGAAGGUGCAUCUAAGUGUGGCAUAAAAGAUUUGCAAGAAAAUCCUGACCCAACUUGCAAUGUUCUAGAUCAGGAAGGUGAGAAGGAGAUAGUCUCUGGACCACAGGAGAUAUUUGUUGGUACUGAUGAUACCAAAACAUAUGUGAAAGAAAUGGAAGAGAUCCCAACACCUUAUCAUAGUUUGAGUAAAACGCAGUCUGAUGAUAGCACUGGAACUAUGGUGUCUUUUCAUAGAGAAAAUAAUCUUGAGCCAGGAAACAUAGAUGAGGUGCAAGAGACAGCGCACAAGGUUCCCAGGCGAAGAAGAGUUUGGAAGACCUCGGAAGACGUCUAUAAUAUGAUAAAGGCCCCGAAGGAAAACACCAGGCCCUGGCGGCUAGAAAGUCUGGAGAAUGAAUCCACAGCGAUGUCCUUCCAUGAGGAGGGUGUAAGGAUUCAUGAUGCUAACGAGGAAAUAGAAAGCACAUCUGAACAAGCUAAUGAUUCAGGAUUGCAAGAAAAUUGGACCGUUCUUAAACAAAUGUUUAGGCAGAUGUUUCAGACAGCAGAUACUAAGGGAGAUGAUGAAACUUACUGCUUAGUGGAAUCAGAAAAGGGGCAUCUUGAUAUCCAUCAAAAAGCUGGAGAUGAAAACAGAAACGAAACUGCAGAGACUUCUUACUGCCAGAUGACUGGCACAGAUAGAUAUGAACAGGAUGAGGUGGAGACAGUAAGAGAGGAUUAUGAAGCUUAUGCACAUACCAGAGAGAAUGAAGAGUCGGCACAAGAAACAUAUUGUCGAGAAGAGGAUGGUAUGGUAGAAGUGCAAGGUAAAACGACUUUGGUCCGUGAACUGAUAGGAGAAGAGCUAGAGGCCAUUGGAAUGGCUAGCGACCAAGAAGGGGAAGAUGUACACAAAUUAUCUCAAGAAGCUGGCUGGGCUCAAGGAUUUGCUGAAAUUGAUGAGAUAAAGGAGCAUGGAGAUUCUCAUGCUGAAAUGGAUGAAUAUGAUCGUAGUGAAACAGAAUCAAAUAAAUCUGGGGAGAAAUUUGAGCAAACGCAUGAACUAGCAGAAGAAACUAAGAUCGAUGGUAGUAUAGAUACUGACACCAGCAGGUCAUCUUUUGAAAUGAGACAAGGGGAUUCAUACAUUGAGGAGGUUGGGGUUGAGCAAGAUCUCAGUGCUAUCAGCAGCACGGAAGAACACAAUGAAGACAUAGAUUCUGAUUCAAUUCAAAGUGGUUGGAGUGUUGUAGAGGAUGAUGACAGAUCAAUGCAGGAUGGAGGAGCAAGUCUGGCAGGAAGUAAGCCUGACGAAAUAGAGGAAACCAAAGAAGAAACUGAUGACAUGAAAACAAGUUUUGGUGUAGAGAACGAUGAAGAUAAGACAGAACAAGAGCACAGGUUUGAGAAUCAAGACAAUAAAAUACAUAGAAGCAAUGUGGAGGCAGCUGAGUCUUCUUGUUGUUUUCCCAACGUAGACGAAAAUACUGACGCAGCAACAGAUAAAAACAUGAAAGAAAAUGAGGGAGAGGAAAGUUGUCGAUCAUCUAUGGAAGAAGGGGGAGAUGCUGCUUCUGAUGCUUCACAGAACGAAGCAGAGCGGGUUGAGGAACAUCCGAAAAAGAAAGAUGAAACAAGAGAGAAAGAAAGAGAAAGAGAGAAAGAAAGAGUUAUGGUCGAAAGAGCUAUCCGUGAAGCCCGUGAAAGGGCUUUUGCUGAUGCUAAGGAAAGAGCAGGAAAAGCUGCAAUAGAGAAAGCAAAGGCAGGUACCCACCAUAAAGGGACUUCUGAGGUUCCAAGGAGAUCAGAGAAGGCAUCUGUUGAGGCAAAUGAUAAGUUAUCAUCAGCUGAAAAGGCUUCAAUGCAAGCCAAACUCAGAACUGAGCGUGCUGCUGUAGAAAGAGCACUCUCUGAGGCCAGAGAACGUGCACUGGAAAAAGCGUUGUCUGGAAAGUCUGCUUCUUCUCAAACAAGAAGUUAUGGAGGCAGUAAGUCAUUUGGCUCUUCUGGUGAAAAACGAGGCUCCUCAUCUUCUCAGGGUACAGAGAACAAAAGCUCAGGUCCUUCCAAUUCUUCAAACCAGACUGCAAAAGGUGAGCCAAUCCAGAGAUGCAAAGCAAGAUCUGAGCGACAUCAGAGAACAUCUGAUCGCGCGGCAGAGGCUCUUGCAGAGAAGAAACUUCGUGAUCUUAAAGCCCAGAAAGAGCAGGCAGAGAGAAAUAAACUCGCGGAAGCUCUUGAUGCUGAUGUCAAACGGUGGUCGAGUGGAAAGGAAAACAACUUGCGGGCGUUGCUCUCAACACUCCAAUAUAUACUUGGAGCAGAGAGUGGAUGGAAACCGAUUCCUCUCACUGAUCUUGUUUCAAGUGCUUCUGUGAGAAAAGCCUACCGAAAGGCAACUCUUUACGUUCAUCCUGACAAGCUCCAACAACGUGGUGCAUCUACACAGCAGAAGUACAUUUGCGAGAAAGUUUUUGACCUUCUCAAGGAAGCAUGGAACAAAUUUGGUGCAGACGAACGAUGAUUAAAAUGGUGUGAGACUUUGGAUCUUCCUUUACCCUCUAUUAUCAGAAGUCACCCUGCAAAUCUGAACUAACUAGCCCGAGAACCUAAUUUAAAGUACGUGAUCAAGCUAUGGUAUGGGAUGAAGACAGAUCUAGAGAUGUAAUAACCAGUUAUAAAUAUUUAUAUCCAUGAGUCAUAUAUAUAAAAAGAGCUCAUUCUUAUUCCCACA